GACAUGGAUGUGGAAGGAAGCAAGUGGAAAAGUGAGACAGAGUAGUGAAACUUGUGGGACUGAGUGAAUAGAAGAAUAAAAUGGAACAAAAGAAUAUUCAGAGUGGUAAAGAGAGAAAGAGGCCCCAAUGUAUGAAAAAUGGUAUAAGGGAAGCCUGGGUGAUGAUUUCUUCCGAGCUAGGGCACAGUGUAUUGUGUGAAUGCAAGGUGUUAAAGAUGGUCUGAGUUCUGCAGCAAAGUAUACCGGAUGUGUGACAUUGGAGAGGAUGAGACGGUGGAGCAUAUGGUGCUGGAGUGUGUGAAGUAUGCCAGAGACAGAAAUGAGAUGAUGCAAGUGGUGCAGAGGGAGCUGGGGAAGGUCAGAGUGAAGACAAGAAAGGAAUGGAUUGGAUGGUGUUGCUGCUGGGGAUGUGUGGGGAGACGAAUGAAAGGAUGAUUGAGGCAGUGAAGGAGUUCCUGGAAAAGAUGUGGUGUAUUAAAUAUAGGAAUUAGUGGUGUGAAGGAUGGUGUCUGUUUUCUGUUUGCCGUUUUUCUUUUUCUUUUUUUUCCUACAGGAGUUGCCGAUACUCCUGGACCAGGAGCAGUCCCGAGCCAUCUGUAACAUUAAAAUGAAGAUCAAGAUCAUCGAGAUCAAAAUCAAGAUCAUGGCUGUCUUGCUCCGUUCGUCUUUCAUCCAAGCAUUGCUGCCAGUUUCUAGGUUAGCGGCACAACCAGCAUGCCUGACUCGACCACUUUGCCGAAAGCCACCAGAAGAUUGUGUGAGCAUGGUGGUGGUGAUGCCAGACCUGCUGCCACUGUCAAGAAUGGUGAAACUAAAGAAAAAUCAAUUAAAUCUCAGAAUCUGGAAACCCAGAUAGAAGACCAUAAGCCACUUCAGGGGACAGAGGGAAAGAAGACUGGAGAGUCUGACUCACAUGUCUUAAAACAUGAGUCCAGUGUAAAAGAGAAAGCUGCUGCAGAGAAACAAGACAAGAAGACAUCUAGCCACAAGAAACUACAUGAUCUUUCAUCUUUGGCUAGUACUGACUCCACAUUCCUGUGGAGCCUCAAGUGCAGCCGUCACGUCCCAAAGCUCGGAAGAAGACCAAAACUGCAGGAAAAGGCAAAUUAUCCCCGGUAUCAGAGCCUGACCUUGAACCUGAGCUUGUUUUAGCAACCAAAGAAGUGGCUAAAAGUCUUGGUGGGGAUGUGAAGGAAACUGAGUCUGAGCUUCUGUCCACCUUGCGCCUCCACUCUUCAGAGACUACCACUGGCACUGCCCCAUCUCUCAGGUGGAGAGAAAGCCACAAUCAGGGAUGGAGGAAGUGCCACGUCACCUUCCUUCUGGUACCGAGGUCAGGCAAGGGUACCACAUUGACCCGAAAGACCAGCCCCGAGCCCGCAAGCCCUGCACUCAGCCUUGGGAUUCAUCUGUGCCCAGGGCUCAUGUUGAUCUCUUUGGAGGUGAACCUUUGGGGAUAUUUAAGAAAAGGGAAGAAGAUACCCAUGGACCUGCUGCUCCAAUAUCAGUGUUGCCCACAUGGGAGAGAUUGUACCUACAUGAGCUGGAGCAGAGUAUGCAGCAUCCUCCUAGUAAUGCCUUUGUGGAGAUGAUACAGUGGACUAAGCAAGGCAAGCUGUGGACCUUCCCCAUUGAUAAUGAAGCAGCAGGUUUGGUGGAGGAAAUGAAAGUGGGAUUCCAUGAGCAUGUCUUCCUUGAGAGACACUUGGAAGGAUGGUGCCCAAAACGUGGCCCCAUCAGACACUUCAUGGAGCUGGUUUGCACUGGACUCUCAAAGAAUCCUCAUCUAACUGUGGAGCUAAAACAAGCACAUAUUGAAUGUGCAGCUGUGUUUCUGUGUUUUCAAGUCUGGCACUGUUUGGCGAGCCUUCCACCUCACCCGUCUUCGUUGUUGGCGCUUCCACUCAGGUACUGUGCGAGAGGGUGGAGGGGAGCCUGAAUACAGAAGAGGUACUCACUGGUCUCAGGAUAAACUCCCCCACAGGCAUCCCAGAGUGUGGAGCUGAUGCCCUUCGGUCCACCCUAUGCUCCACCAGCUUCAGGAGUCAGUGUGGCAUAGAUAGAUGUGGAUGACUGUGGUGUCUUGUCUUGUGUGGAGUUACAAGCCAUGGGUGCCUUGCCUCCUCGCACCACCACCACAAGCACCACCACUCCUGCCAUCACCUACAAGGGGGAGACUGUGAUGUGGCUGCAGGUGGAUAGGUUCGGAGGCCUCCAGAGAGCUGCCCAGAGUGAAGCUUGUGGUAUAGAGGGACAGCCGCUGAUUAUCAAGCUUAUGGAGUGACUGGAAGAAAGUGGGAGGAGCCUGGAGGGAGUGGUGGAGGUACAGUACUUGGAGAAAAUCCCUCCGCCAUGAUGACUGGGUGUCUGCUGUACAGGCCACUGACCAAUGGUGAGAGAGGGAGGGAGACUGGCUAAUGGUGGAUGAGAGAGAGAGAGAGAGAGAGAGAGAGAGAGAGAGAGAGAGAGAGAGAGAGAGAGAGAGUCUUGAUAAAUAAUAUUGGGCACAAGCUUCACCACUGGGUCGACUGUGAGGGCCGCGUUCUUCUGCUAGGGAAGUAUUGGCUGGUUGGUGGCCGCGGCUGUUCACACACUCUUUCUUGCUGCGGCUGGCAUGCUGUUCUGUCCUCUCUUCUUCCUGGAAUUGCUGUCUGAGGUGUGUGUGUGUGUGUGUGUGUGUGUGUGUGUGUGUGUGUGUGUGUGUGUGUGUGUGUGUGUGUGUAGAAGCCACCAUCAUCAACCACAGCAGGUGAUAAUGAUGGUUCCUGCUUUCAUCCUCAUUGGGGCUAGCCAGACCAACCUGGGGCUGUACUGGGGUGACGCUGUGUGCCUCAGGUGUAUCUGGAAGGCUGGGAUAGUGAGAAGGUAACAAUUAAAAAGGACUAGUGUACACUUAAACCAUUACAAACACUAUGUAAUGCUGGUAUACACACACAAACACUGGUUUACACAUAGAGACAUAUACAAACACUUGCUAUGGUUUGUAUACUCUUAGAAACACACAUAAACUCUUAAUAAGUCUAGUAUACACACAAACUUGUAUACAAACACUAGUAUAUAUUUAGAGACACGUCCAAAUCUUUGCUAAGUCUGAUAUAAACACACAAACACAUAAGAGAUGCUGGUAUAUGCUUGGAAAUCUAUACACACAUUAGGUAAGACUAGUAUACACAAAUCUAUACAUAUAUUAGGAAUUUAUUGAAUGAUUGAGAUGAUUAGUACUCUCUCUCUCUGUCUCUCUCUCUCUUUCUCUUUCUCUUUCUCUUUCUCUCAUAUCCUUAGUCUGUCUCUCAAAUUUUCUCUUUUAAUCUCUCCCUCUCUGUCUGUCUGUAUCUCUGUCUGUCUGUCUGUCAGUCUGUCUGUCUGUCCCACACCUCAGUACACCCUUCCUGUCUUCAUACACUUUAGUACACCCUUCCUGUCUGCCCCUGGACCUUAAUACACCCUGUAUCACCCUUGCAUCUCAUUAAACUAUCCCUAUUUGUCCAUCUCAAUAAACCCUGUCUAAUUUCCCUGUCCUGCUGUUUGUCUCAUCUUACUACACCCUGUCUCUCCCUGCUUCUUGUUGCACCCUUCCUUUCCCCUACUCCUCAAUACUCCCUUCCCACCCUGUGUCAUGUGUAUAUAUUUAAAUAUUUAUAUUCAUUUGUGGCAUUCUUCAUGUGUUUUGGUCAUUUUUGGGUGUGUUUGGGUGUGUUUUGGGGUGUUUUGGUCAGUUUUGGAUGUGUUUUGGGAUGUUUUGGGGUGUUUUGGGGUGUUUUUGUCUGUUUUGAUGAGUUUGGGUGUGUUUUGAGGUGUUUUAUGUGUUUUUUUGGUAUUUUUAAGGAGUUUGGGUGUGUUUUGGGUGGCUACAGGUGUGCUGUGGGUGGAUAAGACUGUUUCUGGGUGUUUAAGUGGGUGUGGAUGUGUUUUGGGGUGUUUUGGAUGUGUUUUGGGGUGUAGAGAGGUAGACGUGAUGUGUGCAGGGUGUCUCAGUCCCUGGAUGGGUGUAGGAGUGCGUGGUGGUGCUGUCUAGGUCUUGUGGUGUGGGAGUGCAUGGAAAGGAACAGAUAAUUUAGGGCAGUUUAUCAUAUUUAAUUAUUUUGUUUAUUAAUUUAUUUACUAUUAUCAUUAUUUUUAUUGUUUUUAAAGGGGGGUUAAUUUUUACGUUCAUCUUUUGUGUUCGGGAGUGGUUAGUGCUGUUGACAAAAAAAUGGAGAUCGUUUUAUUUUUUAGUGUGGAAAUUGUCGCAGUUUGUCAGGUGUUGAUUGGUGUUGAGAGUCGCAGGUCCCGUCUAGCCCUCUGUCAUAAAAUGAACAAUAAAGGGUUGAUUUUCACUGAUAGUUUAUUUCCUUUAACGUAAACAUGUAAUGAUAUAGUUUUGUCUGUGUCUCCUGAUGGUAUGGCACUCUUGGCUAAUAUUUAACUAAUUAUAUUCAUGUCAUUAUAUGAAUAACUAAUAACAAUUCACUAUCCUGCAGGUACUGUCAAGUCUAUCGAAACAUCAGCACGUCAAUUGAGAGUCAUGGAUUUCAAGAGAUUCCGAUUUAUUGCUGCUUCCUUCUCAAUUUUAAUAGUUCAGAUAGGCAUUGCGGGCACUGCUAUUUACGAAGAACUGGAGGGUCACAGAAAGAAAGGGAUGUUAUAUUCGUAAUCUACGCAAAAAAUAACUCUAGAAAAACAAACCACAGCAUCUCUAUUCAUCCAUUCUGUGUGUCUUCUCUUCUCUCUCUCUCUCUCUCCACUCUUAAUGCUGCUGUGGGUCUCUGGGCUGGAGUACAUCACAGAAAGAUUGACACAGACUUAUAUAUGAGAGGAUGUUGUCUGUAACUAUGCUAUGGGGACAUUGCAAGUUUGUGGGCUGUAGUCAAUGAAUAAGUGUGUCCUCUAUAGCAUACUUAAAAACCACACACACACACACACACACACACACACACACACACACUCUCUCUCUCUCUCUCUCUCUCUCUCUCUCUCUCUCUCUCUCUCUCUCUCUCUCUCUCUCUCUCUCUCUCUCUCUCUCUCUCUCUCUCUCUCUCUCUCUCUCUCUCUCUCUCUCUCUCUCUACCUAACAAUUGCACCUUAGUAGAAAAACACACACAGGAAGUUUAUGCAAGUUUUUAUCCUUAUAUGAAAUGUUGCUAGUGUUAACAUAUAAAAUUGUAUUGCAUCAAACCCCCAUACAUUACUGUCUCUAUCCAGUAUGAGACCGGUGUUCAGGAUAACAAGAAGCCGGCAUUGCUCAAGCUGACCACAUUUCAUCCAUUUAUACAUACUUUUUAUUAUUAAAGCUUAUCUUGUAAUUAUUGCUGAAGACAUUGACUCAUUUAUUUAUUUAUUUAUGACUUAGAACUAUGAUAAAGCUAUGGAUUGAUAUAAUUCCUGAUUUGUUUCCAUUCUUGUCUCCGCUUGUCCAUCCCUGAGUGGUCAGAAGCGGUGCUCCACUGAUGAUGUGGAAGCCUGAGACAGCCAAUCAUUUAAUGGGCUAGGUUACCUUUUGUCAGCAGUCUUCUGUGUGUCACUCACUACGUUUGGAAAUGUUUACCUGUUCUAUUUAAUUUGUUGGUUAUAAUAAUGUUUAUGGUCAAUAAACUAUUUAUAAAACUAUUUAUCUGUGUCAGUAUGAUAAAACCAGUUAUUGUUAUUAUUAUUAUUAUUAUUAUUAUUAUUAUUAUUAUUAUUACACAUUUUCCUCCUUGUAUUUAAAUAUUAUUAUUAUUAUUAUUAUUAUUAUUAUUAUUAUUAUUAUUAUUAUUAUUAUUAUUAUUAUUAUUACACAUUUUCCUCCUUGUAUUUAAAUAUUAUUAUUAUUAUUAUUAUUAUUAUUAUUAUUAUCAUGCAUUUUUCUUGUAUAUAAAUAAAAUAUUGUAACUGAU